AUGCCAUCUGGAAAAAUUUCAAUGCCAACACUUUGCUUUGGAGAAAUCAGUCGAGAUGAAAUCAAUACUGUUCUUCAGAUUGCUGGUGUCUCAUUAACUCCACCUAAAAAGACACCAUUUGCAACAGGUAUCCCUCCUCGUAAGAGAAUUGUUGUGAACGAUACGCCAAUCAUCACCCAGCCAAAGAGACAGUUUGAGACUGUCUUUGUUGAGCCCGAGGAAGAGGAAACGCCUAUCCUUACUGCUCAACCGGUUUUCGAGCCCAAACCUGAACCACCCGUCGCAAGCAAGAAAGAGGCCAAGGCCGUGAACAAUAAGGCACACUCUCCUGCUACCACUGCUACUGCCGCGGCUACCACUGCCACUGUCACCUCUGCUCCUGCUCCUGUUAAUUCUACUACCUCUGCUACUGCUAAUGGUGUUGCUAAUGCUGCGGCUCCUGCUCCUGCUCCUACUGCUGCCACUGCCACUGCCACUGCUGCCCCAGUCGCAGAGUCUCCUGCCCCUCCGCCUCAAGUCUCUUGGGCGUCCUUAUUAAAGAAAAACGAACCUGUGAAGAACAAGGCACCUACCUCUUCUCCAACAGCCGCUCCUACAGUCAAUGGCAAGCAGACUAAGCCUAGCAAGCCAAACUCUCCUACUCCAUCCACCGCGCCUAAAUUUACUGGUGUCGCAGACAUCAUUAGCAAAUACGAACCUAGUUAUAAUGCUCCUUUGCUUCAACCUCGUGGUUUGAUCAAUAAUGUGAAUACAUGUUUCAUGAAUGUCAUUUUACAACCAUUGUCACAUUGUGCACCUUUUUACAAUCUCAUCAAGACCAUCAGUAGCCAAGCAGCACAUCAAAUGAAGAGCAAAACUCCCUUGUUGGAUUCGAUUGUCGAAUUUAUCAAUGAAUUUCAGACAGAGCGUCUCGAUAGUUUAGAACCCUACGGAGAGCCUUUUGUUCCCGAGUACGUUUAUAACGCAUUACGUGGCCAAAAGAAAUUUGAUACGCUUCGUGGUCGACAAGAAGACUCCGAAGAGUUUUUGUGUUACUUGUUGGAUGGUUUACACGAGGAGAUGACGGCCGUGUUGAAGGAGCAAGUGGAUAAAAAGGAAGCCGAACUCGCCGCAUCAGCUAAUGGAGGAGAAGGAUGGCAAGAAGUAGGACCCAAGAACACUACAAGCCAUUUACGUUCUACUGGGUUCGACGAAUCACCUAUUUCCAAAAUAUUCUGUGGUAAAUUAAGAUCAGUAUUGCGUUGCCCUAAAGCCAAGGAUUCAAUCAAUCAGGAACCUUUUCAAUCGUUGCCAUUGGAUAUUCAACCCGACAAUGUUCAUACGAUUGAAGACGCUAUUGCUAAUAUGACCGUGCCAGAAACGAUGCAUGAUUAUACAUCGCCCGACGGAUUGAAAGUGAAUGCUACAAAGCAAGUGUAUUUGGAAGGAUUACCGCCUGUUUUAAUAUUACACAUGAAGCGAUUUGUUUUUGACAAUAUUGGAGGUGUACAGAAAUUAUCAAAGCGUGUAAACUAUGGAUCCAAAUUAGUGAUUCAUCCCGAGUGGAUGGUGCCUGGAAGGGAGCCCGUGACAUAUCAAUUAUUUGGUAGCGUUUAUCAUCAUGGAACGUCUGCUGGCGGCGGACAUUAUACAUGUGAUAUUAAAAGAAGAUCUGGCGAAUGGCUUCAUAUUGACGAUACGACUAUUACUUCCGUCUCUGAGCAGGAUGUCUUGGUUACUGAGGAGAAUACCCGCACAUCCGAAAAAUUACACGCUGGUCAAACAGCCUAUAUUUUGUUUUACGUCAGAUCAUCAUAA